AUGCCGCUUUACCCGGGAGCUUCUCAAGGAUGUGAUGAAUGCCGCCGACGCCGCAAGAAGUGUGAUCUUAAAAAGCCUGAAUGUCUUCGGUGCAGCAACGCUAGUAUCAAAUGUAGCGGCCCGAAAGAUUCACGGACGUUCAUCCAUCGGAAUGCUGCAAAUCUGACCCAACAGACUGAUAAAAAAGCGCUACUCUACGCAUUACAAAAUAGGAGAAAGUCGAAGUCAACAGCCGCCGACUUUGAGAGCUCAAGUAGCUUGGAUGAUUCUCCAUCCCGAAGAACUAAGCUAGCUGCCACUGAGCCAAGUCCGCCCUCUGAUAUAAUCUCCAUUGAUUUUCCUGGGCGCCUGAUGUUCUUGGCAUUGAUUGAAGACUUUAAACCUGUUUCCCAGGGGGGUAUCUUCAGCGGCGAUCGAAUAUCGCGAGACGACCCCAUUUAUUCGAGCGCAGCUGUGUGCAUUCGAGCCUUACUGCCGCUCACAUCUUUGCGGAUUGACUCGCUCAAUUUGCCUAUCUUCAGUCUUCUCACGACUUAUAUGGGAAACUUGAAAAAUGAUACGAAGCUAGCACAACUCGCACAGUCAGCGUACAUGUCCGCCUUGAAAAAUUCGCGUCCACAUUUCCAGAAGGUCAUAGGGAAUGGCCAACCCUGUGUUCAACCAAAGGCCAACCUUGAAUUGAUCUUGCUACUAGCUAUAGCUUUCCUGGCCUUUGAGUUCGUGAACGAAAAUGAAUACUCAGACGCAGCUCUUUUGGCCCACAUAGGUGGUGUGUUAAGCAUAUUAGAGCUCUAUGGACCGCACAAUUUCUCUUCGCCACAGAUGCGACAAGCUUUUAGUGGAUUUAGGGGGAUCUUUCUUUCAGUUAGACUUAGCAAACAUAUUCCAACCUUCCUAGCAGAUUCAGAUUGGAUACACCUCCCAUUUCUGAAUUUUCGGAAGACCAGAAUGGAGCUUCUUCACGAUAUUGCGUUGCAGAUACCAUCGCUCUUUUACCAAACAGAUCGAUGGUUUGAUCGGCUUGAGAAUUCUGCUUCCAACAAUCCCAACCGCCGAGAAAUCUCAGACUCUCAGAUGCAAAAUCUAGAAACCGCUAUCUCGCUUUUAAAUGAUCACUGGGCGGUCUUUGAUCAGAUGGAAGAGUGGCAAAACAAGUGGAAAGCUUCCGAACAAGGCCCCCUGUAUUGGCAUUCUGAUAUCCCAAUGCCUAGCAUGGUGAUUGACGUUGACUCAGUUUGCAUACCUUCAUUCCCAGAUGAAACAUACCAAGUCCGCUUCCAAAAUACCCAAAAGGCAGGACUUGCUGUUACCUUCUGGUCCUUUCGUCUGGAACUUCUUAUGGGAAUGAUCAAACUCCAGCGAAGCUUACUCGGCACUCAGGUUGAAUCAUUGGAACAGAACCUGGCCAUGGCCGAAGAAACAGCUUGUCUGAUUCUACAAAUCGCGCCAUACCUUACAUGUUGUUUUGAGGGUGCAGUGGCUUCAAAGGCACCGCUUCGGACUAUAACGAGAUACUUUGAGCUGCGAGCUUUGGAGCAAGACUUCGAUUCACCAUCAACUAGCAUUAGAGCGUGA